AUGACCCUGUCGAUUCUACCUGAACUGGGGAGAGUAGAGAACGCAGGAAACAGAGGCAAAGAAGAAGCGACCCCGACUAAGUCGUCAGCGCAACCACAAUCUACUGACUCUUGCGCGGGAGAGGCCGGAACAAAACCGUUUACACCGGAAACAACCCCUGAUUGGAGACGGGCCGGUUCUCAACAAACGUGUGGCGGAUACCCGUGGGCAACGUCUUCCGUCAGCAGCGGUGAGGUCGUGGAAAUCAGCGGGACCGACCCAAGAAGAUGUUCGGCAGCGGAUAUCAAUAACGACGGAGAUGCGUACCUCGCUUAUGUUCCAGUUAAUGCAUGCAGAUACGGCAGCGACGCUGAGAGGAGGUCACAGACUCCAUCAGGACAGCCUGGCGCCGCUACUCAACGGCUCGAAGAUACCACAGGCCAAUCUGCUGCGGGUGACAGAAUCGAUAAGCGACCAGCGGGGGAAGGCUGGGCCCUGAACCGGAAGAAGGAAUCUUUUACUCUCCAGAGAGAGCGGUUGCUGUCAGCGAACCAUCCGCCGCUACUUCAAGAGGUGGCUACAAUCGCCUCUGCACCGUCCGACACGAGCAAGGUGAUGGCGACAAACACCAACUGUGCAGUCGUCAUCAAGGCCCCGCAAGCUGCGAUGUCGAAACAGGACUCUGUCGUAUCAAUGGCGACGUCAUCCGACGACGAAGAUCCAGGGAGCCCCGACAUCGACAUGGUAGCCCUCGCCGAGCGCGUGGGAGCAACGCCUGCGCAGGCACACGAGAAAGUGUCGAGUGCGUUGCAGAACUCGCACAAGACGAAGCAUGGUUCAGCAGGGAUGGGAGUCGCAUUCGCAGCAGAGGCCAGCGAAGAAGCCAAGAAAGCGUUGAAGAAGCAACAGUGGCGAAGGCGAACCACCGCUUCUCAUUUGACGAUCCCUACUCCCGAAGGGGGCAUGCAAAAGAACGAAGGAUCUGUCCGGCUGACCCAGCUCCAGCGCAGCAUCAAAGAGGGCGAUGCUGCAGACGCCAUUGGCAUACGGAGUUCGACAACACCUGAAGCAGAUCCAGGAGGAUGGAAGCGUCGCGGCUCUGCGUUGGCGGAGAAAGCCGUGUUUCAGCAGGGGACACUGCCGACAUUUGACCCCACCCCUCCACCUCCAACACCUGGGCGAGCCCGCACGCUGUCGCUCUUCAUCCCGUCCGAUGUGAAGCGGUUGUCAGAGGAGCAGGUGCGCGACGAGAAGCAAGAAGAAGUCUUCCUGCAGCUCCAGGCGCAACAGAAGGAGAUUCAGCGGCAGCUGGAGCAGCAGGCGGAGCAACACCGACAACAGAUGCAACAGCAGCAGGAUUUACUGGAGACGAUUCUCCGACAGCAACGCCAACUAGAGGAGAAAGAGAAGCACAUCGAAGAGCAACGGCAGGAGCUGGAAAAACGACAGCGUCUAGGGGAGACCGACGCCAGCGCGUCACCGCACGCCAAAGGCAUCGCCUCGUCUUCGGCCACGAGGCACACGCUGACGGGUGCACAAAGGCAGCAGCUUCACGAACACCUGAAGCAGUUCGAGUAUCUCCAGCAAAACAGACCGCGCACGUCCAGGUCGGUUCCUGGCCUCCAGGAGAAGGACGGGAAAGACGAAGGAGGGGCAGCAGCGGAGCAGAAAGUGCCGACGGAAACUGAAAGUGGAGAGACCAGAUCUGGAAGGGGGCGAAGCUCGGUGGCUAGCAAGAACACGAAUCAGUUUUCGAUUCUCGAUCGCGUGCACCGGUACCUGAUGGAGCCGAGUGUCCUCCUGCUGGACGUGCGGUCGCCGCAAGAGUUUGCAGCAGAAAAAGUGGCAGGCAGCAUCAACGUGCCCAGCGAACAAUUCUUGUCUUGCCUCCACUUGUUGCCGAGAAACAAGGAGACUCCGCUCGUGGUCUACUGCAGUGACGGCAGCCGGGCGAAACAGGCCGCGAGCGCUCUUCGGAAACUCGGCCAUGUGAACGUGUGCGAUGCCGUGAGCAUCAAGAUCGUCAAGCAUUCUCUCGAUGGAGCGGUUGUAAGAAAAGCACUCAUGAGCGCCCGACUCUGCGCAGCUUCAGCCGGCCUCACGAGAAACAAAACUAAAGGCGCCUCUUUUCUCAUUGACGCAAUAGGACCCCAACAGACGAAAAACGCUAGCCAUGCAGAGGACGCUGAUAGUUUACCCUCUGGAGAUCGAUCUGCUUCGCUCCUUGCACCGAGGGACGACACAGCCGCCUGUCCCAGCCUUGGAGACGCUCAGGGGAGAAGCAGUUUUGUGCAUCCCGACAUUGACGACUCUUUAGUGGACAUGCUCUUGCUCAGAGUUCAGCAGGAAAAAGUGAGCCGGGGAGGCCAUCCGUAUGAGACACAGCUGUUUUAUCGAGAUAAGCACAAGACGAAAUCCCCUCUCUCAGCCUGA